UCGGUGUCAUACAGGGCUCAUUUGUUUUCUUACCCCUAGGUCACAUCGUGCGUAACAUCAGCUUUAGUCUUGGAUCUUCAUCGGACGAGGGAAGACUGUUGGAGCCGCAGACCUUGUUCAGUGUUCAUGAUAAAGCCUGAACAAUGUAAAGGUUCAAACAGAUUGUUAGAACCAUCCGUCAAGUUGGGACUGUGUUGAUUUUGGAGACAAUAACACGCGUACAUGAGGCGACGGCUUGCUUAGAAAUACAUGGAUCAGUGAUUUGCUAUUAACGUAAACAAAUAUUUAUUAUAUCAAGCAGGAUUUGUAAUUAGUGCCCACUUUAUGAGGAACCGUGCUAAAGGAGUCAAAUAAUUUGGUGAAACUAUGAACAGUCAGCGUUAUGUUGCCUGUGUCUUGAACAUCUUAAUUCUCUUUGAAUGUGCAGAAUGUUGGUUUGGAAAGAAGCCUGCCAAUAAGAAAUGUUUGUUCGAACCAUGCAAAGACUAUUGCCGGAACGGAGGAACGUGUACCCAGGACGAUUCAACGUGUAGUCCCCUCAAAUGUGACUGUCCGCCGGGGUUCACUGGAAGACGAUGUGAGGAGACACUAGGAGAAACCACGGUGUCCGUGACUGCCCAGUCCUCUAGGGAUGGGUGUCCACUGAGACCGCUGGAGGAUCGCCUGUGUUACCCAUUCCCUUGUAUACACGGACACUGCAACAGCACGGACGGACGACGGAGAUGUGUCUGUGAUAAAAACUGGACGGGGGACAGGUGCUCCCUGCUGGACUGUUCCUCCUGUGGAACAGGUGUGUCCUGUCAGCAGACAUCUUGUGGCGAGAUAACAUGUGAUACCCCGAGUACAACAAGGGAGGAAACGGUAAAAACCACGAGUCCUCCGGAUGGAAUGGUCCUACGGCCGCUGAUAGAACGACUGUGUGCGCCGACGUUUGAGUGUAUUCACGGAGUAUGCAAAAACAGCGGGAUCAGCUGUGACUGUGACGAUGGAUACACCGGGUUAUUCUGUUCCGAAAGGCUGGCCACCACGACACAAACAACAGAAGAAGAAAAAGAUGAAAAAGACAUGAGAGAUGUGUGUUCCGAAGGUUACUCGCUCCGGCCACUCUCUGAGAGACAGUGCCAGGGCUCCCUCACGUGUAAGUACGGGGUCUGUGUGGAAGAAGCCGGGGAGUCCCCAACACGUGUGAGAUACUCGUGCGGUUGUGACCAGCGGGCUAGUGGUCAGCAGUGCGAACAGCGGUGUUGCCGUGACUGUGGAGAGCACGGGGAGUGUGUUCUCAGCAACGGACAGGAGCUCUGUAGCUGUCAGUAUGGAUUCGUGGGCAAAAUCUGCAACGAAACGAUACUGGAGAGUGACGUGGAGGAGCAGGUGUCUGGGGGCUCCAGUAACUGGUAUGCCUGGAUGCUGGGGGUGUGCGCUCUGAUUCUGGUCGUCCUGUUGGUGACCGUGGUCAUCAUUCCUUAUCUAUUGUGGCGCAGAGGGUCCAUUCUUAUAAUGAAAAUUGUUCAUUAUCUCCAACCCACGGAGGACAACGAUGAGACUAUGUAUGACGCCCUGAUAGCGUACAGUGCUGAAUCAGACAGGGACGCCACGGUGGCCACAGACGUCAUAUAUCCAUAUCUACGUCAUCUGUGUGGGUUCAAAGUCAAGUUACGGGGAAACCAAAAAGCAUCUGAGGACUACAAUGGUGCUAUCCAAAAAUGUCAUAGACUUGUUUUGUUGGUUUCUAGUGAUUUUAUUUACCGGGAAUGGCCAUUGCUUUCUAGUGAAAUAUCCGAGGACAGUUUUGAUAGAAUGAGAAAGCGAAUUGUUCCAAUAUUUUUUGGGGAAGCUAGUAAACUUUGUUACUCCGCUGAUAAACGUUUUCAAGAUCUUGUUUCAAAAAGCGUGUUUAUCACGUGGUCGGGUCUAGAAAAGGACAAAACGAAGAACUUGACCCGAGUGAAAUAUUCACUGCCGAAGAAGACAAGAUUCCCCAAGGAAACAGCAGACAAGGAACCAGAUCGGAAGGAGAAUCCUGACGAUUCAGGAUUACAGAAAGAUCCUGAAAACGGAACAAUUCACAGCAAUGACGGGAACCAUUUGCUCUGGAAGGACAAAAUUGACUUCCUGCAAUCUGUAGAUUUCAACCAUAACCCUUAUAACAUGCCAUAUUUCAAAGGGAACUAGCUCAUCACGGAGAUAUAUUUUUAAAAUGUUAUAACAACAUUUGAUUUAAUUCGAUGCAUUGACUAAUUUGGUGCCAAUAAAAAUUUAAUACAUGUA